GGCUGCGCGGCGGGGCCGGGCCGGGAUGCGGCGCGGGCGCUGAGGCCCCGCGGGGAGCGGGCGGAGCAGGGACCGGCCCUUAUAAAUGGCGCCCAAGCAGGAUCCCAAGCCCAAAUUCCAGGAGGGUGAGCGAGUGCUUUGUUUCCAUGGACCUCUCCUUUAUGAAGCAAAGUGUGUAAAGGUUGCCAUAAAGGACAAGCAAGUGAAAUACUUUAUCCAUUACAGUGGUUGGAAUAAAAAAUUCUUCAAAUAUUCAUUCCAUCUUGGUUUCCUUCACAGACAGAAAUCAGAGCUCUUCUCCUUACACUGGGAUGAAUGGGUUCCAGAAAGCAGAGUGCUCAAAUACGUGGAUACCAACCUGCAGAAACAAAAGGAACUUCAAAAGGCCAAUCAGGAACAAUAUGCAGAGGGGAAGAUGAGAGGAGCUGCUCCAGGCAAGAAAACUUCUGGUCUGCAGCAGAAGAAUGUUGAAGUGUUUUUCCGCCGGGAUGGAGCCCACACUGUUUGCUGUCUGGAGACCCCUGCCAUCUCCACACGGAAAACAAAAAAGAACAAGCAGAAAACUCCAGGCAUUGGAGAGGGGAGCAGCACCAGUGAGACUCCCCAGCCCCCGAGGAAGAAAAGGGCUCGAGUAGAUCCCACGGUGGAAAGUGAAGAAACAUUUAUGAACAGAGUUGAAGUGAAGGUGAAGAUCCCAGAAGAGCUGAAGCCAUGGCUGGUAGAUGACUGGGACUUGAUCACCAGGCAGAAGCAGCUCUUCUACCUUCCUGCCAAGAAGAAUGUUGACUCCAUUUUAGAGGAUUAUGCAAACUACAAAAAAUCCCGAGGAAAUACUGAUAACAAGGAGUACGCUGUCAAUGAGGUGGUGGCUGGAAUUAAGGAGUAUUUCAACGUCAUGCUGGGAACUCAGCUGCUCUACAAGUUUGAGAGGCCCCAAUACGCCGAAAUCCUGGCGGAUCACCCGGAUGCUCCCAUGUCUCAGGUCUACGGUGCCCCACACCUCCUGAGGCUGUUUGUGCGGAUCGGAGCCAUGCUCGCCUACACGCCCCUGGAUGAGAAGAGUCUGGCCUUGCUGUUAAACUAUUUGCAUGACUUCUUAAAGUAUUUAGCAAAGAAUUCCUCUGCAUUGUUCAGUGCCAGUGACUAUGAAGUGGCCCCUCCGGAGUACCACCGGAAAGCGGUGUAAUCCCAGCCUGGGUCCCUGCAACUGUCCACUUCUGCAUCUGUCCUUCACCUCCCCACUGCACAGCUCUUGCACAGGCCCUGUAAACAUAAGGUGAACAAAGUUGUGUGUGUGAAAUGGAGCUGGCAUGUAAAGUCCUGAAGAUUUCCUGUCCCAGGUGGACGCCCGGAGCUCCCGGGAGCUCUGUGCUGUUCCUGGCUCGCUGUUUGUGUUGGUGGGGUGUGAAGGAAUGUGUUUGGUGUGUCUCUGUAUGAACUCCGUGCUCGUAGGGCUGCUCUGAACGAGGCCUGGCCUCACUAACCUGCUUUAUUCCAUAGUCUGACAGACCCCCGGGGCUGUGUCACCUGUGCUGGUGCUAUUGACUGUCUGACCCGACCCAUUGACGUGGUGGUGGUGCAAGUGCCAUGUUUGGUCCAUAAAUGUUCGCUUCUCUUGGGGUAGUUGAAGGACUGUGACUUUUUUUUUAUAUUCUAACAGUAGGAAAACGUGUUCUCAUCUCGUAGUGUUUGGAAAUGUUGGUCUUUCAUGGAGCUGUUUUACAGAGCUGCAAAUAAACUUUUUUUAAUUUCA